UAUUAAUGUUCCCAAAAUGACGUCAGAUGGCGGCUGAUUUCAGAUCUGGUAACGUUUGCUUGGAUCUCCCAGAGUUAACCUCCAGGCAGAAAAGCAUCUAAAGUUUCUGAAAUGUUUAGUUUCUCACCAAGCUUCACUAGUUUCUGUUCCUUCCAGACUAGAAACUCAUUUUUAAACCCAAAUGUGAUGAAUAUUAGAAAAAACAACAUGGAAGGACUGCAAUGGAAACCAUCACCAGGCUGAGUUCAGAUUCACUGAGAAGAGAUUCCGUCCUGAUGGAAACAGGAACUGAUGAGGGCAGAAGUUGGUCGGGAUUUCCUCCAGCAGGGGGCGCCAGCAGAGAUGUUUCGGUUCAUUAAAUGAUCCGUUUUCACAGUAACUCUGUGGUUCGGGUUUGUUUCCAGAAGAAGUCAGAACCUCCUGAUGGGAGCUGAAGCACGGCUCUGAUCCAAUCAGAGAGUCGAUAGAAAACCAGUAUCUACCUCCUAACGCCGGAGACGAACCUGCAGCUCCGCCAGAUGGGCGGGGUUAACGCGGCUAAGCCCCGCUCCCCCGCCGGAUAAAGACCUGCGGCUGAUCCCCAGUUCCAGUUCAGGUUCUGCUCCUCCAGAGACCCCAUCCUGCCAGCAUGCUGCCCCCGCUGACGCUGAGCCUCCCCCGCAGCCCGGAGGCCAACACCACGGCGGCCGUGGACUGGACCCAGGUGUACGAAGCCGUCCGGUGGAUCCAGCUCAUCAUGGCCUCGUUCAGCAUUGUUGGUUCCGGCUCCAUCAUCUCCCUGAUUAUUCCCAGACUCGGUCAGACGCCCGAGCUGCAGCCUCUGUUCCAGCUGAGCGUGGCCGACCUGCUGCUCGCCACCUGCUGGCUGAUCGGCGCCAUCCUCUACUCUCAGCGCUGCGACCACCUGAGCGCGCUCUGCUACAACCUGCACACCGUGGAGCAGAUUCUGUACAUGGCGUCCUUCUUCUUCACGCUGAACUACGUGUGGAACCUUUACACGCUGACCAGAGAGAAGUUCAACAGCUGCUUCAGCGGCUACUCCAUACAGUUUUCCAACACGGUGUCGCUGAAAGCUAAAAUGAUUGCUGUGUUGUCAAGUCUGGUUCCGGCUCUGCUCAUGGUCCCGGUGUUCGUACAAGGGAACGUCGGCCACUGCCAGGUCAACUUCAGUGAGCCGUACAGGUGUCUGCUGAUGCACACCGGAGCGCUGUUCCUGCGGCCGGACCAGCAGCACCUCAGCCGCAGCUGCAGCUUCCUGCACACCUACCAGAUCGGAGUCUUCCUCAGCAGCUUCCUCCUCACCCUGCUGGGCAUCACGGUUCUGGUGGUCAAGGCGCGGUGCAUCUACCGGCGGGCGGUGACAUCCUGCGGUUACCUGGGCAACGAGCAGCGGGCCUUGUUCCGGGUGAUGGACCUGCGGAUGCUGCUGUACCCGCUGGUGUUUGUGUUCUGCUGGGGUCCAGCCGUGGCGCUGGCGUUCCUGCGGGUGGCGAAGCCGUCGACGGGUCACGGCGUGGCAGGCGUCUGCCUCUACAUAUCCGAGGCUUUCACUUCGGCCUCUCAGGGUUUCCUCAACUGUCUGGUGUACGGCUGGACGCGCCUGCACCUCCGCCGCGCCGGUCUGUCCUUCUUCUCCAGAGACGUGGACACGCAGACGCCGCUGCUGCGCUCCCAGCAGACCAGGAGCUAUCUCACCUGAGGGGGGCGAGCGGCUCAGCAGCGGGUGGGGGUGGGGGCUUUUCUGCCACAGAGACUUGAGGCGUUAACUUUCGCUUUCCACCAGAGGAAAAACUCCGCGGCUGCAUCUUCCACCUCUGGUCCUGAACCACCGAGGCGAGAAAAGAGGAAGAGGAAGAGCAAAGGGGGGUUGAGAAUGGUUACUCAGUCUGUCAGCGACCUCUGACCUUAGGAAGUGAAAUCAUCAGUCUGGGUUGAAAUGCUUUUAUUUUGAAGUUUUCCAGCUAAUAAAGUUGCUUCACUGAUCAGAAA